GUGAAACUAUCGCAACACGGAAGAGAAGGAAAGAAAACAAAUAAUCGUUUAAAUUUGUGUCGGAUUGGAUUCGGAGAAUACGCCCUGAAACACCUUUUACUUUCUGGAUUAAAGUCUCCUGGUUCACGAUGGAGUUCCUUUUUGGAAGGAAAAAGACCCCAGAGGAAAUGCUGAGGCAAAACCAGAGGGCGCUCAACCGAGCCAUGAGAGAACUGGACCGAGAGCGAAUGAAGCUGGAGCAACAGGAGAAGAAGAUCAUCGCUGACAUAAAGAAAAUGGCCAAACAGGGACAAAUGGAUGCCGUCAAGAUCAUGGCCAAGGAUUUGGUUCGUACAAGGCGCUAUGUAAAGAAGUUCAUCAUGAUGAAAGCAAACAUCCAGGCUGUCAGUCUAAAGAUACAGACACUCAAGUCCAACAACAGCAUGGCACAGGCUAUGAAAGGCGUCACCAAAGCCAUGGCCACCAUGAACAGACAGCUGAAACUGCCUCAGAUUCAGAAGAUCAUGAUGGAGUUUGAACGACAGAGCGAGAUCAUGGACAUGAAGGAAGAGAUGAUGAAUGACGCCAUUGACGAUGCCAUGGGUGAUGAGGAUGAUGAGGAGGAGAG